AAUUAUCGACGAUGUAUAUCCCAAAGGGUCAGUGUAUCCCAUGAUUUUAAACUUCCAAAAUGGUUAUACGACUGACAACUUUGCUAACCAAGAAUGCAUUUUGGCCGAAAACUCCGUAACUAAUAAUAAGACCUUAGCCACCGAGAUAGAUGGCCUCGUAUAUGCUGGUGAUGAAGAAAACGAGGGCUUGGCUUGAAACGAGCCAUCUAGAACUCAGUCGUAAGUUCGGUUCGAAGAAGCAAAAACAACGUAUGGAACAAAGGGAGAAGUUAAAAGUAAAUAUUGAAACUGUUACCGAACAGAUGCAAAAUGUAACCCAAGAAGUGACAGAGGAAAACUUAGAUUUGUCUAUCAAUAAUAUUAACAAUGACGAUUUCUACAUACCUCCCAUUAACCGCACAGCUGAAAAAGCUGAGUUUGUCUAUGAAAUAGACAAAAUACUAUCUGAAGAACAAUAUGAAAAGAUACAUUCCGAGUUAGAGGGUAAAGACUACACAUCAGAUAUGAUCCCACUUAUAAAAUCGAUGAUAUCUAAGAAGACUUUAUCGCCAAAGCUUGUAGUAUUAGCAGUGUACGCCAAUUCAUUGCUAUAUCUUUACACAAUGAUGGUAAAAGAUAUUACAAAAAAGUCAUUUGUAGCCUGUUCAACGUCUGUGACAUUGAAUAAUAUAAUUUUAAGUAAUUUCCUGACAAUGUCACAUUCGAAACGAACAAGACCAGCUCCGUUUAAGGACAAGUCGUUAUGCCAUGCAAUAGUAUUUUUAUUGUUAAUUAACAAUUUAAAAUUAGAGUUGGAAAGUUUAUGCGAGGCUCUAAAAUUGACACCGAACACGGCGACACUUAAGGUUCGUGUUACUGGAGCCUCGGUUAUUACAUCGGGUAAUAAAAAAAUAGUUCAAUUGAAAUUACCUCUAAAUAAAACAGGAUUCAGGAGAAGGAGUACAAAAUUUUAAAUAAAUGAUUGUAUU